CUUUGUUCUUCCUCUCAAGAUUUACUCUUUCCAGAACUGGGUUUGUCUUAUACAUGUUUAAAGAUGAGUUCUUUUUAUCUCCUCUGGUUCAUUAUAUCGAUAUCUGAUGUGUUUGCUUCAUGGGGUUUGCCUCUGCCUUUACUCUGGGAGAAUUCGAGAUUUGGAUAGGGUACUAGUAAGGAAGUAGUACAUCAUGUUGAAGAAGCAGCCAAGUAGGAACACGAGAACCAAAGGAAUCAGGGUAAAGCAUGUAUUGCAGAUUGUGUUGCUGCUUGGGGUAUGCGUUUGGUUGAUAUAUCAACUCAAGCAUUCCUUUGAUAAGAAGGCAGCAUUGGCUGAGAAUGAUUCAAAAACCUCAAUCAGAACCGAAACAAAAAGUGAGAUCCUGAAACUUGGGAGAAAAGACCUUCCUCACAAGGAUGUCACUACACAUUUGAGACGAGAGGAAGAGGAGGAAGAAGAAUCUCUAAGAGAAGAAGAAGAAGAAGAGAAACACGAGGUUGAAGAUGAGAAACAUGAAGCAGAAGAGCGAGAAGAAGAGGAUCCGAAGCAUGAGGUAGAAGACAUAGAAGAAGAGAUUCAGAAGCAUGAGGGAGCAGAGCAAGAGGAGGAGCAAAAUAAGGAUGAAGAUCCAGAAGAAGAGGGAGAAAAAGCAGGAGACGAGGAGAUAGAUGAAAAUGAUUCGGAGACAAAAGAAGGGGGAGAAGAAGAUCACAAGGAAAACCUUAUAGAUGAAGAGAAAGAAAGAGAAGAUGGGGGCGAUGAGAAGGAAGUCGACAGGAAUGAGGAUGAAGAAAGGGAAGACCGAGAAGAAAUUGAGAAUUCAUCAGAUGAUCAAGAUAAUGAAGGAGAUGAUAAAAAUGCUCACGAGGCACGCGAGGAACAUUACAAGGCAGAUGAUGCUUCUAGUGCAGUUACCCAUGAUACCCAAGUUAUAAGCACUGAAACUGAGAAAGUAAGUUCUGAAAUGUCAACGGAAACCUCUGAAACAAGUGGGGAUGAAGAUGGAAACCAACACAACAUGAGAUUGGUGGAUAGUAGAACUGCUGAAAAUGACACUUUGAGUGUGCCUGCAAGUGAAGAGAAACUUGAAGGGAAUUCGUCCAAUCCUGUGGCAAAUUCACUCUUAGAUGGAAAAGUGAAAACACAAACUAGUGAUCUGCCAGAAGCUGAAAAUAACUCUACAGUUGUGAGUUCAGAAGUAGGCAAAAACUUUACUGAAGUCAACCAAGCAACUAGUUCACACAAGCCUAAUGAAACAGAAACUAUAUCUGAGUCUGCUCAGUCUCAAAACGCAGAGGUAGAUGGUACGGCUACUAGGGAGGACAGCACUGAAAAAACGGUGGUUGUGGAACAGACUAAUAACACAGUGUCUGCGCAUGAUCGAUUGGAUUCUACUGCAACAGUCUCUAGUCAUGAGAAGGAGACUAAUGUUUCUGAAAAGACCUUAAUAUCUGAUGGUACAGCUGACGUGGAUAAUAGCUCCAGAUCUUCAACAAUAAAGCAGACUAUGGAUGCCACUGAGAAUGAACAUUCGACAAAUGAAGAUGCCAGUAAGAACGAAGAAUCAGCAAAUGAAGAUGCCACCACGAAUGAAGAGUCAAAUGAUCAAGAUGCUACUACGACCGAAGAAUCAGAUGUUACAAAUGAAUCCAGUAGGGUAGAUGAAGGUUCAGAUGCAGUUCAGGAUGACCCCAUUGAUUCUGCUGAUUCCCAUAUUUCCGAAGACGAGCAAGCGGCUCGCACAGAUUUAGAUACAUUGCCAGAGAUACAAACAGAGGAAGAAGAGAAUGGAGAGGCUGCAGCAGAGUGAUGAUGAUGGUCCUUGGGUUCUUCUGAUAUGUUCCCAUGUUUCAUGCUUGCCUUUCCUGGAUAUGCCUGGAGGGAUGAAAUUCCCCAUGCAGUAAGGUUUAGUAUUUGAGUUAAUGGCUUCGAAAUCAAUACAACAGGUAAAAUGUAGGCUAGUGCUUUAAUCUGUAAAACUAGAGUUUCCACUGUAUUAUCUUACUUUGAUGUGGUUUUUGCUCAGAGAAGUUGGCUUCUGGAUUAUGUCUUAAAACUGAAUUGAUAGUGCACGUCAAAUCUUGGCUUUUUUCAAAUUCAUGUUCUGCUUCCUAGCAAAGUAAAACCACAAGAGUGGAUCUCCAGUCUUCUGGUAGACGCAAAG